ACGACGCGUGUGCCACAGUUGGUUCGCAGUGCUUAAGCUUGGUUUAAUUUCUGUUAAAAUGAGUGCAUCGGGCAAGAGUUUGCUAGGCUUGUGGCUUUAUCGCAGCGGCGAACAGGAAUGGGCCGUUAAGCAGGGAAGUCCUUUGCAUGCGCUCAAAAAGGAGUCCUCAGCUUCCUCAGCAACUGCAACUUCAACUUCGCAUGCAAAUCUAUCGCGUCAUGCCUCAGCGCCAGGCGAUAAUUUUCUAAUUUACUCACCCAAGAAGCUGGAGCACAAUGGCGAAUCGCAUCGUUCCGGCGAUGCAGAGCGUCAGCAUUCACCAGGCGAGCGCAUUUCGAUACUAUUCACGCUCAAAAAUCAAGUGGGCAACUUGGCACGUGCUCUCCAAGUGUUCCAGGAGCUGGGCAUAAAUGUCUUGCACUUGGAGCUGUCGCCUCUGGAGACUUCUAGCAAUCAGGCGGACGUGCUGGUCGAUGUAGAGUGUGAUCCGCGUCGCUUGGAUCAGGUGGUAAAGAUGCUAAAUCGCGAAGUCGCUUCGGUCAACUAUACGUCCGUAAAUGCGCACAGCUUGGCAAGAGCUCCCUCACUAUCCGCUUGCUCCAGUUUCGACUUUGGCGAUAUGGUAUGGUUCCCACGCAAAAUAUCCGACAUAGACCAAGCGCAAAAUGUGCUCAUGUAUGGCUCCGAGCUAGAUGCGGACCAUCCAGGCUUUAAGGAUCCAGUGUAUCGCAAGCGGCGCGAGCAGUUCUCCGCCAUAGCCAACAACUUCAAGCAUGGUAAUCCCAUUCCGCGCGUGCAGUACACGCCUGAGGAGGUGAAAACUUGGGGAACUGUCUUCUUGGAGCUGCAUCGUCUGUAUCAGUUGCAUGCGGUGCCGGAGUACAUGGAGAACUGGCCGGAACUGGUCAAGUUCUGUGGCUACCGCGAGGACAACGUGCCACAGCUGCAGGACGUUAGCACCUAUCUAAAGCGCAAGACAGGCUUUCAGUUGCGCCCCGUCGCAGGAUAUCUCUCGCCGCGUGACUUUCUCUCUGGCCUGGCGUUCCGUGUGUUCCACUGCACGCAGUAUAUUCGCCACUCCUCGGAUCCCUUUUAUACUCCGGAGCCUGACUGUUGCCAUGAGCUUUUGGGCCAUAUGCCAUUGUUGGCCAACUCCAGCUUUGCCCAGUUCUCGCAGGAGAUCGGAUUGGCCUCGCUGGGUGCCUGCGAUGCGGAUAUUGAAAAACUGGCUACGCUGUACUUCUUUACGGUGGAGUUUGGCCUCUGCAAACAGGCGGACAGCAGCUUUAAGGUCUACGGGGCAGGUCUUCUGAGCUCCGUCGCAGAGCUGCAGCAUGCCAUAAUGGCCAAGGAUAAGAUCAAGAAAUUCGAUCCGGAGCUGACCUGCAAGGAGGAGUGCAUUAUAACCUCCUAUCAGAACGCCUAUUACUAUACAGAUUCGUUCGAGGAGGCCAAGGAGCAAAUGCGCGCUUUUGCGGAGAGCAUACAACGUCCGUUUGGAGUGCGCUAUAAUCCGUACACCAGCAGCGUCGAGGUGCUGUCCAAUGCGCAGAAGAUUACCGCUGUGGUCAGCGAGCUGAAGGGCGACCUGAGCAUUGUGUGCGCGGCUUUGCGCAAGAUCUCCGCCACGGAUGAGAAUCUGGAUGUGGAUUGCAUAGCCAACAUGUUGCACAAGAGUCUUAAUGUGCGUGCUCCUGGCUCUGGCAACGCCAACAGUCCGGAAAACUCGGACAAUUCCAUAGCCGAAGGCGAUUAGAGCAACUACAACUAAACUAUAUAAUGGGACCACACAUAUAUAC